AUGUCGGAUCCAACUUUGGUAUCCGAAGUGUCUCGGAAUAACCCGAGAACAUCGAUUUUCAAUAACAUUAACCACAAUUUCCAGACGUACGCUAUUGGAAACAGUCUCAUUGCCUUUUCAAAGAUGUCGUUAUUAUCAUCCUUUCGAGCACUCCCUCCUCGCACUCGCGCAAUGAUAGGCGCAAGCUUCAUUGCUUGGGGUACAAUCGGUCUCUAUUUGUCUGAUACGGCAGAAAAGAAGCUUGGGUUUGAACCUACCGAGCAGGAUAAAGCAAAGAUGCCUAAGUUUACGGUGGUUGAGAAGGAGAACUGA